AUGGAGGCCAAGCGGAUAUGGCAAAGCAUGUAUAAAUUUCCGACAGCAAUUGGUGUAAUUGAUUGUACACGUAUAGGAAUUCUGAAACCAAAUCAACAUGGAGAUGAGUAUAUCAACCGAAAAGAGGAACCUACUUUAAAUGUGCAAGCCACUUGCGAUGCCAGAGAGAUGUUCACAAGUGUUGAUGCCAGUUGGCCUGGAUCAGUGCAUGAUUCCAAAAUAUGGAGAAAUUCACAGACUAGAUCACAACUAAUAAAUAAAGUAAAUGUACUACUUGGCGAUGACGGUUAUGGUACUGAGCCAUGCCUCAUGACUCCCUUCAGAAAUCCUACUCCAGGUGCAGAAAUAAAUUAUACUAUGCGACACGGUGGUAACUGUGCCAACGGCGGUAACGAAGAUGCCGACAUUGCAUAUUCGCUUUACAGCAGCCGUGGAGAUUACGCGCACAACGCUGUAAAUGAAUUCUUGGAGACAGAGCACAAUAUGAGUGACGCUGAGCCGGGCAUAAUGCCGGAUUCAGUGUUCCAUUUAUACCGAACUCGUUCUGUAGCCUGGAUAGUGGCGGGCAAUUGGCCGGCCAGCGGAGGAAAGAGGGGUCCUUAA